GGCGGGAGGAAGGACAAUGGGCCAACUCCGCCGGCACAUACCGGAGUAAACCGGGUUAGGGUGCGAUCUGGCCGGAGAUGGAGGAAGUCAAAUAAUACUCGGGAGAAAACAGGCGUGAGCAGAGAGAGGCAGCAGAGCAGCAGGGAGGAUCCUGCAAGAGAAAGGCAGGAAGAGCAAGACAAAGGACGCCUGGCCAGUAACCAGCUUCCCAGCCUGCAUCAGGACAGCAGGAGAGCCAGGCAGGAGAGAGACGCAGCAAGCAGAAGGCCUAGAUGCUGCCACAACGCUUCUCCCAGAACCUGUGCUCGGUGUGUAAGGAGAGCACAGAGGAGGGGAAGCCAGGAUGGACACGAGGGAGGAGAAAGUCCAAGAAGAGGCACCUCAAACAGGAUAAAGGGUGAGGGGAAAGGAAUGAGGAAGGACAUGCAAAGGAAUGAGGAGGAGGAAGAGAAGGGAGGCCUCUGCGGGUUAGAGUCAUCUAGUUGUGUUUGGGCUGUAGACCCUGACCUAGAAUCUAAGCACUCUCAUCCAGAAUCCAACAGCAGCUGUGAUGGUGAAGAGACUGGAAAAGAGAGCAACGAGGAGCUGAAGACACAAACCUCUCAAAGCAAGGACGACUAUUCAGAAAGAGAGGAGGAUAACAACUCUGAGGUUAUGAAACUAGAUACUGGAAACAAUGAUUUUCCUCAUGGCCACUCUGGACAGGAUAAUGUUACCUUAGGACUUAACAGAGAUCUUGAUGACAGAAAACCAAGUGAACACCCCUGUGAAGAAGUAGCACCUAAUAUGAAUGGAUGUCCUGAUCAGUCUGGGGCAGAUCAAAAAACUGACACAGAAAGGGAGAGUGUGGAUCUUGAAGAGAAGGAAGGGAGCAUCAAUCGGACUCCUGCAGAAUUCCCGGUUUUAUCCGACUGCUAUGAGGAGGUCUCUGUCUCCAUCAGCACUGCAGUCUCCCUUGAGCUGUCCACUCCUGUAGAGGGCAGCACCUUCAAUACUGACCAUGAGAUUUGUGUUCAGAGAGAGCAAGUGAACUCCAGAACAGAUCACCUUGAGGGGUAUCAACAAGGGGUGGCAGACCCAGGAAUCAUUGCUAAAGGAGAACUGGAUCUAAUCAGACUUGUGCAACCAGAACCCAACUGUGCGGCUGCCGAGAACAACACUGUGAACACAAACAGGAAACCCCUGUUUUCCUUUCAAAAUGCAGGAAAUGGCAGCGUGCUACAGGAGAGAGAAGCCUCGUCUAAGCCUCCAGGACACAGAGAUCCUUCCAUUUCUGAGACAGACGGGAGGAACGUAACAGGGAGCGAUUGUAACUGUAGUACAACUGAGCUUAACAGAGCAGGGCCCAGAGACGAGCUGGUGUUGGGUAAUAGAGAAGCAGAGUUACAUGAAGGGGAUACAGAGGAGAAAGAGGACACAUCUGGAGAGAUUUUGAGGAGGGAAUGCACCUGCUUUGAGCUGGACAAUGCUGAGGGCAAAGGUGACAAAGAACGAAAUACAGAGGGUCCCACAAAUGAAAGUUCCAUACAGGAGGAUAAUGACAAAAAGGAAAGUGAAAAUUGUGCACAAAUGGACAAUUGGAGGAUAGAGGAGUCUGCAGGCGGAUGCAGGGGAAGGGGGAAAGAGGUUGUAGACACCUGUGGACAAUCAACCCAUGUUGAAGCAACUGGAGAGACCGGCAGUACUGUUGCCUGUGCUGAUCCCCCCACCUCUCUUGCACUCUCCCUGGCUAAUCCUGCCCCCACUUUUCAGCCCCUGAGUUCCAUGGAAACCAGACUGCACUGUUUGGACGAGAAUGUGGAGAAGGAAAGGGUCGGAGUGCUGGAAGGAGACGAAAAAGGAGGCCAGGAAGGGAAGAAGAGGCUCAGGAGACUAUUUGAGGAGCAGGGUGAGGCGGAGAGGGUCUCCACCGUGGCCACUGAGGAGGGGGGGAGAGAGGAGGAGGGGAAGGAGAAAGAAGAUGAGUUUGGAGUAUUCAUGCAGGCGGAGGGAGAGCCGGCCUGGAGCGAGGGAUCCACCACUGCCCCAGUGCCUUGUGGGAGCAGAGAACGUGUUGCACAUGGAAACCACGCCCUCGCUGGGGAGCCGACCCACUGGACACCAGGCUGGACGGAUAGCCUAAUCCACCAAUCAGAUGACACGUGGACAGCCUUCCCUCAGGACUGGUCAGAUGAAGGUGGAGACAUGGUGGGACAGUGGUGGCCGACCAGCACUGUGGAGGAGAGAAGAGAACCGACCAAUCAGAAUCUGGCGGCUGUCUUUGCUGCAGCCUUCCCCUCGUCUUCAGAUGACCCCGGUGACCUCCAGACCGUCCCCAUGCUGAGCCAGCUCCUCAGGGGCCGGGCCAGCCAGGAGCAAGGGCUGCUGGACACUUUCCAUGACUUGAACAAAAUGAUUUGCCAGAAAUACAAGAGAGGGAACGGGGUGUCUCGUGACCUGCUGCUGAGGACCUUCCACCUGGAGCCGCCGCGCACUGAAAGCAGACCCCCCCAAAGGACAGCCAAUCACCGUCUCUCCCCCGGCCUCCCCUCGACCAAUCAGCACGCUCAUAACGCUGCUGCUAAGCGACGGCUGUCAUAUGACUACAACAGAAACAUGGAGUAACAGUGCGGCUCUGUUUGAACUGUGAUGCAUCAACGUUUUCCUGAAGGACUGCAGUGUCUGAAUUUACAACACAUGUACUAUCUGUCAAACACUGACCUUUGACCUUUGCACCCUCCUGGUUAUUAGAGCCUGAGCCGCUGUGAAGUCGGAUGAAAACAGAGCGACAGUUGUGUGUCAGAAGUUGUCUCCUCCAGCUCCUGUUGGAGUGUUUCCAUCACCGUGUGCCACCGUGUCCACCUCCACCACUUUCUCUUCUUAUUUUCGCUUUCUGCCUCCGAGUGAUAUUUUCCUACCUAAUAUUUUAUUAUAGAUUUAAAUUGUAUCUUAAUAGAAAUAUGUCACCGUGUCAGAGCUGCUGUAUGACAGAAAUGGUCGCGUUGUUUGAAGAAAUCUUAAUGGGUUGAGAAAAAGGGAGGAAGGAUUCUAAAUAAAUCAUUGUUUCUUGCAUUCAUGAUUUUAGAAGGUCAGCAUGCUUUGCUAACUAUCUUAUCUAAAAUGAAACAGGCAAACAUUUAUUCCCCUUGAUCUUUUUCUAUUAUCUUUAGCAAAAUAUGACAUUGAUUUCCUAUCCAGAACAUUGUCUGUAGCUCCACCAUGAGAUCCUUUCUUCCUCUGCAGCAGCUCUGGCAGAAAGAUGUAGAGCUGAUGUGUUCAUGUCAUGUGGAAAAGGAAGAAAGCAAUAAGAGCAAAAGGUUUCUGUUCCAACCUGCAAUUAUUCAAAGGAUCAGACACUUUAAGAUGGCGAUUUGCAAAGUUAUUUCUUAUUAUAUUAAUAGUUAUUUAGCACUGAAUCCUCAAGGCUUAAAAAAAGAGUCACUGAGUAAGUCAAAGUAAAGUAGGCAUUCCUGUUUGCUGUAACAUGCAGCGCUGAAUAAAGUUAAACAAAUAGUGACAAAAAGCUUCCGUACGCCCACCUGAAAUUAUGUUUUUGUUAGAGAAAAACAGGCAGUGACAGCUCUUUUUUUGCUGUCACCCCAUUAACAUGGCGGCUCGACCUCAUAACCCCAGGAAAUCGUUAUUCAAACAUGCUGUUACCCCUCCACCCCCCACAGAAACCUGCUGUAUCAAACAUAUCUCCACAUCAGCUGGAUUCAUGCAAAUGUCCAAGCUCUCCAUUUCUUGUUUUUCAAAGAUAGAAGCAACAGAGAAUCAUGUGAUCCACUGGAAGCAGAGUAAAGCAUUAUUUCACUCGCAGAAUUCUGAAGAUGUGUCCAGACGCAUGUGCUUUCUUUGUGUGUUUGCUACAGAAAUGACAGGAAAUAAUCACUUUUGGUUCCUCAGAAAAACAAGUUAGUCUUCCAGUUAGUGCCAACAGGAACAGCAGUUAAGUGUCAAUGUUUACGAGGUAACGGAGCGAGGCAGACACACAGUGUUGUUUCUCACAAUCUGAAGUGGACUCCACCAAUCAUUCUGGCACGUGAUGUUUCUCUGUUUCCUUUGUCUCUCCGUCUGGCUUCCUGUCUGCCUCUCUCCUCACUCUCAGCUGACUCCACUUCACCAGCAAAAACUUGAAUCUAGCUGCCAAUAAAAACAAUAUUGUUCACAUUGUGUUCCACUGUACAUGUUUAAUUUAGACGUACCACUACAUGUUAUGACUUUAUUUCACUCUGCGUUGUAUAUUUCAGCUCAAUCAUUUGUGAUGAUAUAUGAUAUGUGUGAAUGUGUGCGUGUGUGUGUGCCAUUUGUACAAAACUACAAAUUGCUGAAUAAGAAAAAGAUGAAUAUUUUCUGAUCUGUUCAAAUGAGGAGGAGUUGUCACCUUGGUAACUGAUGUAAUAAAAUGAUACUGUGUGAUGG